CAUAAGAGUAUGAUUUGGCUAUUGUUGUCCACGGAUAGUGUACACUUCGAGUUUAUUAUUGUGGGAAUCUUAUCAGUAAAUGAGUAAUCGUUAUCAAGAUUUUGCGAUAGACCUCACCGUUACCGUUAAUAAAGGUAUUUGGCACAUGAAGUGACCUGAAUAAAAUAAAUUGUCAUUCAGAAAUCAUACUAAGGUACGGUUGACAAUGAGUCAAUAUGAAACAGAAAGGCGCCUUUGCUGGGGCUACUCCUUAGCAUGUGGCUUGCUAGUUCUGACCGUCAUCUGUAUCGGGAUACCGUACAACCACUGGCGUGCUACGCUGGACGUGUGUCCCGGUGGCUACUUCGAGAACACUAACUGCGGCUGCAUACUGUAUGGACUCAGCACUCAGCAGUAUUUUAAUGGCGGCCACAACUCUUGGUGCCUGUAUGCUGUGUUUGCUCCCCUGCCAGUAAUAGUGUAUGCUCUGGUCAUGGCUCUGUUCCAUAUGUAUAGGGUGUGUAUUAAUAAUGUUGGGCAAUAUGAGGAUGAGAAGUCCACAACUAUGGAGGAAAUUGAGGGUGAAUCCAUAGUAGUCAGCACGAGAACUCGGGUGAGCAGGAGUAAUGACUCUGUUAUUUAUUGCUGGAUACCAUCAUCAUGUAUUGCAGCUGUGUUUGCACUGGCAACAUUGGUGCAUGCAGCCAUACUGACUGAUGGUUUUCUUAGGACCUGCACACAGUACAGAGGAUACUUAGUCAAGGAGCUGCGUGCCACAGGGGAUCACGCGACCGCGAUACACUUCCGGCUCGCUUGCCAGGCGAUCUUCGACUUUAUGGACUACAUACAUAAAAACGCGCCAAACAGCCGCCGAGGUGACUUCAUCAACACUGGCGUGUCUUUACAUCUGGCGCUGAUUGCAGCAUGGGCGUCUGUAGUCAUAUGGAUUGCCAUAGUCGUGCACACCGCUGUCAGGGCAUACAAAGAGAGACAUGUACUUACUUGCUGUGGGAAUUAGACAAUAGCUACUCUCAUGUGUACAAAGUGAAGUCUACUUUUUUAAGCUAUACUUUAAAGACAUGAUUGUACAUCGAUUUUUUUGGAUAGACAUAUUUUUUUUUGGAUUUACAAAUAUUUGAGUCGUAAGGCCUUUUAGCUAUAAAACAGAGGUUUAAUCGCCUUAUUAAAUUUAGUAAAAAAAAAAUACAUUAUGCCUAAUACCAAACAAAUUGGUUCAUUUUCCACAUUUUGUUAAUUAGCGAUAGUGAUCAGUGCUUAUAGCUCAAAGCCAUAACGAUAGUUAUUUCUUUCGUUUUAUUUUACGAAUUUAGGUGUUAUACAUUUAUGGUAUCUACUUUAAACUCUAGCUUGUAGAUGAUUACUGAUAUAUCAUAGAGCAAAUCUAGCAUUCAAUAUUGCUGGAAAAAUGCUUUAUUUUAUUACUAAUCCAGAUCAAAAUAUGUAUUUUUUAUAACCCACCGUUUAUAUUGGUAUAUCGGUAAACACAUACUUAAUUAUAAAAAUGCACAUUCCAAUACGUAAUAAAAAAAAGACAAGUACCUCUUAAGCCAUAGACUAGCCAAGACUGAACUAACCAUAUUGUUGUAACAAGCUUUAUUAGCUAUAUUAUUGCAGAUAUUUUUACUGAUGUUUACCAUUUUAUAGCAUCUAUAUAAUUUCCUAGAUUUUAAGCGUAUUUUACAGUUAAGUAUUUGUUUUAGAUUUUUAAGUAAACAAUGUCGUCCAUGUGCCGUCCAAUUAAAUAUAAGUUUAUUUACAAUUGUGUUUAGUUAUAAAAAUAAACAAGAUUCCGUCAAUUAAAUAUUGCAUUCUAAUAUACUAACUUUUAAUAAUA